UCUAGCUAUCUUUUUGGCAAAUAUUUAAUAAUGCGUGGUUUUUUGCUCGCCGUUCUGUGUGCUGUUGCAUUAAAAAGCGUCGUCGCUGAAGGUGAAAAUGAAGUGAAGCGGGGGUCAUUCCCUUUUAUGGCUUACCUAUACUAUCUGGAUGAGACGAUAUUGGAAAAUGAUGCAAGAUUUACUAGAAGUGCUGCUUUGAUUAGUAAUGAUUGGCUGAUUUCUUCUGGGGACGUGUCAGUUAAAUUUCCACAAAAAACUCUUUUAGCAAGACUAGGAGCUGUCAAUGUAGAUAAAAACUUCAUUUUAAAUGAUGAUGAAGAAGAACAAGAACGCGAGAUAAUCUUGAUUCUGCGCCCUUCCAACUAUACUGCAACACAAUGGUGGAAAACUGAUAUUUCACUACUAAAAACUUUGUUGCCCUUUAAUAACACGUUGUCAGUUGCACCAGUCAUUUUAGUCAGUAAUUCUGAUAUUCCAUACAAAAACUGCUACAUACUUGUUUAUGCUAGUCGUGAUAAUGUAACAGAGCGAACCUUAAUACAAAUGACAGUUGAACUUUUACCACCGACACAAGAAGACUGUGGAAAUUAUUAUGGGAAGGAAACGAUGGCAUGCGCUAAUGAACUUGACAAGAAUGCUUUAACAGAUCCUAACUUUUGUCAGGGCAAUAAAGGUGGUCCACUUAUAUGCAACAAUGAAUUAAUUGGUCUACAAACAUACGUCAAUGAUUGUAAGCAGCCUCAUCUCUAUCAGCUUGUCAAUGCAUGGGAAAAAUUUAUCAAUUGUGCGGCAAAAGGACGAUUUUUAACAGAGCCAUGUUCUAAGGUUUCCAUUGCAAUAACUAAAGAUCCACCUACUCCCACAUUAGAUACGCCAAGAGUAUCCGAAAUCAUUGAUGAUACAAAUUCUCAAUCUGUCCACGCUGAGUCAAAUACUCAGUUUAACAAAGCUGUAACUGAAAACUUGUCCACUCUGAUGGUAGAAGAACCUACAUUAACAAGUGAAAUUGGAUCAAAAUACUCGUAUGAGCAGACUGAAAUCAACGACAGAAACGAAGAACAGAUAACAACCAAUACUUCUGUGUUGAUAGAAAACUACUCUCAUGAUACAAGUACCACUGAAGUGACACAUAACGCAGAAGAAACUGUAAUGGAUUCCACGGACGAACGUGAUCGAAAGAAUCCUAUUGAAACUCAGUAUCAAUUAGUAAACGGUGAUGCUUUACUAAAUAUUCCUACGUUAUUUCACUACUUAGUGACUUUCGUAUUGGUUUUGUAAUACACUUAGC